GUCAGCUGGUUGGACUGGAGCUCGCGUGCAGGGCGUCGCGAGCGUCGUGUUUACAUUUUUUUCUUCCGCUUCGCAUCUCUUGCAGACCGCGGGGAUCAACGAGCCGCUCGCUUAGCCCGCGAAUGAGCAUCACCGUUGGGUACUGAUUACCCCGCGCGCCUCGGUCCCCGGGUCAAGUCCGGUGUUCAGUCGCCUGUGAAGGGAGCUGCGUCUUCAGUCUGCAGCCGCAGACAUGAGCGGGAGGGUCGGGGACCUCAGCCCCAAGCAGACUGAAGCCCUGGAGCAGUUUCGAGAGAGGGUACAAGACAUUCUCCCUCUACUUCCUGCCCAGCAUGACCACUUCCUGUUACGCUGGCUCCGAGCCAGAAACUUCCACCUCCAGAAGUCGGAGGCCAUGCUGCGGAAGCAUUUGGAGUUCAGGAAACGGAUAAAAGUCGACGAGAUUCUCACCGACUGGCGUCCACCAGAGGUGAUAGAGAAGUACCUGUCGGGAGGGAUGUGCGGGUACGACCGCGAGGGCAGCCCCAUCUGGUACGACGUCAUCGGGCCCAUGGACCCCAAGGGCCUCUUCCUGUCCGCUUCCAAGCAGGACUUCAUCAAGUCCAAGAUCCAGGACUGUGAGGCCCUGCAGAGGGAGUGCAACCUCCAGUCUCAGAGGCUGGAGAGGAACGUGGAGGGCAUCACCAUGAUCUACGACGUAGAAGGUCUGGGCCUCAAGCACUUAUGGAAGCCCGCUAUAGAAACCUAUGGGGAGAUCCUCCAGAUGUUUGAAGAAAACUACCCAGAAGGCCUGAAAAGGCUGUUUGUCAUCAAAGCACCCAAACUGUUCCCCGUGGCCUACAACCUCGUCAAGCACUUCCUGAGUGAGAACACCAGGCAGAAGAUCCACAUCCUCGGGGCUAACUGGCAGGAAGUCUUAAUGAAGUACAUCGACCCGGAGGAGCUGCCGGUGAUGUACGGGGGGAAACUGACGGAUCCCGAUGGAGACCCUCGCUGUCGGACCAAGAUCCACAACGUGGGCCCAGUUCCCCCUUCCUACUACGUGCGGGACCACGUGAAGGUGGACUACGAGCGGUGCAUGACCGUCAGCCGGGGCUCCUCCCAGCAGGUGGACCAAGAGAUCCUGUUCCCAGGAUGCGUCCUCAGGUGGCAGUUUUCCACCCAAAGCGCGGACAUCGGCUUCGGGGUGUUCCUGAAGGGAAAAAGGGGCGAGUGGAAGAAGGCGUCCCAGAUGCACGAGGUGGUGCUCAGCCAGCGGUACAACUCCCACCUGGUGCCGGAGGACGGCUCGCUGACCUGCGAGCAGCCGGGAGUCUACGUCCUCAGGUUUGACAACACGUACAGCAUCUUCCAGGCCAAGAGGAUCAGCUUCACUGUGGAGGUCCUGCUGCCGGACCACCUCAAGUCCCCCCCACAGUCGCCCCCGCAGUCGCCCCUGCAGUCGCCCCUGCAGUCGCCCCUGCAGUCGCCCCUGCAGUCGCCCCUGCAGUCGCCCCUGGAGGCCAACGGGGGCGUCAGGAGCCACGAGCGUGGCGAGGGCGACGGCCAAUCAGCCUGAAGCACUUGAGAUGAAACUGCAACAUGCGGCCAGCACACACACACUCACACGCAUACACAAACACACACACACACGCACAAACACAUAGACCUAAACACACACACACACGCGCAAACACAUAGACGUACAAACACAUAGACAUACACACACACAAACACACACACACACAUAGACAUACACAAACACACACACACAUAGACGUACAUACACACACAGACAUACACACACAUAGACACACGCACACACACACACGCACAAAGAAUCAAUCCCUCUUAAAAUCCGACCUUUUGACCCUUGAGUAAUUUGUGAAUGAUGACCUCAUUCACACGCACGAUGUGACCAACAGCGUGAGGUCAUCUGGUGACAUCACAGCACCCGCGGGUGCUACGACACUGUGGGUGUCCACACAUACUUCUGGCCGCAUGUCGUAGCUUCGCAUUUAAUAUUUAAUAUUAUUAGAACCGCCGUCAGCUCGAAAGUCAGUCGCCUCACCGACACCCUACGCUAGCCACCGGGAGCACAGCACGACUGUUGCAUUGUGGGUAAUGUAGGCGUAGAAGGAGAAUGCAAGAAACCAUAAAAAAGAUAUAUAUAUAUAUAUAUUUGUCAAUGUUAUCGGAAGUCAACGCUUAAUGCAGAGUUAUAUCCACAUGAUGUUCUCCAAUAUCAUCAAUUGAAGUACGAUGUGUAUAAUACGUGUUUAUUAUAUAUUAUAUGUAAUAAUAGGCAACAAGUAGCACAAGAGACAUGUUAAUUCAUUUUCUUUCCACGCAGGUAAACAUUUAAAAUAGAUGUUUAUUUUUUCCAUGUAUGUGGCAUAAAUAGUUGUUUAUAUAAAAAUAUGUUUUGUUGCUAUUUUGAGACUUGAAGGAAAAGAAUUAUCUGAAAUUUUUGUCAAAUGUUCUUGUUUUUUUUUUCUUAGUUAAUUCAUAACAUUUCAAAGUCACACACUGAACAUUCCAUUUAAACUAAUAACUUCACAUGGAAGCUUAUUUAAUAUUAUUAUUAUUAUAAAUAACAUUCAUUGCUCAUUGUGCCUCUGAUUGUCUCUUUUUUCAGAUUUGCGGACAGCAUUCCUUAAAAUAACGUAUUUCUUCAAUGCUAAUUUAUUUUCCAGAAAAUGAGCGGAAACGUAUGUAUUUAUUUUAUAGUUAUAAAUAUUACAGUCUGUAUAUCGGAUUCAUCAGAUAUACAAUAUACAGUAUUACAUCAUAUUCGUGUUGACUUGUUUUGCAGCGAAUGAAAAAAGAAAAUAUUUGACUCGCCGGACGACAACUGAAUGUCAAAAUGUCAGAAUGGAGGAUAAUUAUUCUCUUUAUUUUCAGAUUUAUAUUUGCCACAGUACUGAGGGACUUUUGCAAUCGCCUGGUUAAAUUAAGGAAAGUUAAUAAACGUCGGCACAUAAUGUCCAAACUGUGUUGAUGAAUAUAAUAAAGAUACUAAAAACUCAAAAUAAGUGAAUAAAGGUGUUGAAAAUGUG